AGAAAGAAAGAAAGAAAGAAAGAAAGAAAGAAAGAAAGUAAGUCUGGGGACUAAAAGGAAUAAGGAAAAAAUACUCCCAUAUUUUCCUCCCCCCCCAAUAUUAUCUCUCUUCUGCCUUUUCUUCCUGCUCUGAUGGAUUUUUCUUCCUAACCCCCGCAAAGCAGCUCCCCCCCCCCCCAUUAGGGUUACAAAUUCACAUUACAACAUCUAAUUCUCCAGGGACAAGUCUCGCAAGAACGGUUUUACUCCGCUCUCAGCGACCCCCUUCUUUCCCCUCCCUCAAUUAACCUGACCACAGAACAAACCUUGGGGGGUUGGUGUUGCCUCACUUCCCCGCCUCCGCGAGCUCCUCGCCCCCUCCUCCUCCUCCUCUUCCUCCAAUAACCAGAGGCAUUCUUAUCCCAGCCCCCAACCCCCGGUGCCACCAGCCUUCCUCAUUCAUUCACUCUCCGCAGCCUCGGACCUUUAUUAGGAGGCUCCCCAGCCUCCAGCUCUCAGUCCCCUUUCCGCUCCAGGCCGGCUCUGUCCCCUCCGACUUUCCCGCGCCGGCGAAAUGCAGCGUCUCCCGGUGAUUCUGGUCUGCGCCCUCUGUUCCGCCUUGGCGGCCGAGAACAACCACGACUACAACCUCCUGUUCGUGAACUUGGAUAACGAGAUCGAGAACGGGAUGCAUCCCACUGACGAAAGCUCAGUGUGCAACUGCCGCCAGGAGCGCACGACGUGGGACCGGCUCUUCAUCAUGCUGGAGAACUCGCAGAUGCGCGAGAACCGGCUGCUGCAGGCGGCCGAGGAGGUGCUGACCGCCGAGCUGCGCGGCCUGCGCUCGGACGUGGCCCGCACGUGCGCCUCGGCCCCGGAGCCCGGCCGCCUGGCCAAGACGCUGGACGAGAUGCUGCUGGCCAGCCGCGGCCUGACGCACCGGCUGGCCAAGCUGGAGAGCGCCUGGCAGAGCGCGCGGGACGCCGCGGGCCACGCGCUGCUGCCGCUCUCCGAGGAGCUGCGCGCCCUGCGGAGGUGGGCCGGACAGCGCUCGCUACCUGCGGGUUGUGAAACAGCACUUUUAUUCCCAAUGCGUUCCAAGAAGAUUUUUGGCAGCGUUCACCCGGUAACUGAAAUGAAGCUUCGGUCUUUUAGUGCCUGUAUCUGGGUCAGGGCCACCGAUGUGUUAAAUAAAACCGUUUUGUUCUCCUAUGGCACGAAGAGGAAUCCGUAUGAAAUCCAGCUCUACCUCAACUCUUGGUCCACCGUGCUCGUGGUGGGCGGGGACCAGAACAAACUCGUCGCCGACUCUGUGGUUCCCCUAGGAACGUGGACCUAUCUGUGCGGUACGUGGAGCUCCGAGGAAGGGACGGCGUCCCUGUGGCUCAAUGGAGAACUGGCAGCCACUGGCUCUGGGAUGGCCACAGGUCACAUCAUCCCAGAGGGGGGGAUUCUGCAAAUAGGCCAAGAAAAGAAUGGCUGCUGCGUGGGCGGGGGCUUUGAUGAAACACUGGCUUUCUCUGGAAGGCUCACUGGCUUUAACCUCUGGGACCGAGUGCUCAGCAGCGAUGAGAUCAGGCAAACAAGAGGAGAUGAUUCCUGUCAUAUCAGGGGCAAUGUUGUUGGAUGGGGAGUUACGGAGAUUCAGCCACAUGGAGGAGCUCAGUAUAUUUCCUAAGCUUUGAAAUAUCUCAACUGGAAGCCAAAGAAGAAUACGUUCAACCUCAGUGCAUGAUGGAAACCUGAGACCAAUGAAAGGCAGAGCUGAGGCUGAGGGAUUCUGGGGCUCACCCUUGAGGGAGCCAUUAUCUUGGCAAAAUAAGGAAUAAGAAGAUGAAGAGGGGUGUUUUGUGUGUGUGUGCGUGUGUGUUUAUUUGGUGCUUUCAAACUGAAUACUGUACACUCAAACAUAAUUAAAUAAGACUUUUGUUCAACAGAAAAACAAAGCAAAACAAAACUAUGUUCUCUGUUUUCCUAUGGGUGGCUUUAUUUUAGCCAAAAAUGAAUUUUUUAUUGAAAGAGUCAUAAAAAUAACAUGUGCUGUUUAUUAUUCAUCAUUAUUGGUAUAUACACUUGUAAAAAUAUGAUGAAGAAGCAUUAUUUAUACUAUGAUGUGACUUAACAAAAGCAAAUGUAGUUUACUUGUUAUAAUCCAAUGUCGUAUUUUGAGGAGAUGCUUGUAUAAGUUAUAUUGUAAAUUGAUUUUGUAAUAAUUUUAUUAAAACUAUUUUUGUAAAUUUCUACUGUAAAUUAAAAAAAGUAUUUCAUCUACCCAGUUUGUCAUUUUCUAAAGGUAAAAUGGGAGAUCUGCUAGAGAAGCCAAGCCAACUCACACUUUUGUUUUUCAACAAAAGUAGAGAAGUUUUAGAUCUUAAG